AUGGCGGGACUUUCGCAAGAAGAUCGCAUCAUUAUCAAGAACCAUCCUCUCACCAACUUAGUUGAUCGUUUACGAGGCGCGCUUCAGGAAGCUGAAACAAUAUAUGAGUCGCGUCUAAUUUCCUACGAUGGCGCUGAUGAGAGCCUUGGCCAACUCUAUCGAAAUGCGAUUUCAAAACUCCUCUCUGCUUUACAGGGAGAGGAUGCAGCUUACAGCCUUCGCUCGCGAGUGAGUAACGGGGAUAUGGUGUCUGAUCUAGCACACUUAGUCGAGCGUCUCCGAAAGGCACAAGAAAAUCUCAAAUACGACGACUACCGGCCACUAGUGAACCUGGUUAUUCAAAGGCCUCCGACUGAAUCCCAGAACGUCGAAACCUGGAACUUCGAUAUUUGGAAAGCUGUAUUUACCCUCAUUGACACCAUCCCUCGACGAACAACUCCUCCGCCGAGCGUCCCCCCCUCCUUUGACGGCACGCCAGUCAAAUCCACCUCGUCAUCGCAGAAAGGUUCCGAGCAGACGCAUGAGUUGGUGAAUCCGAGAAUCUUCGAGGAGAUAUGUGGCUGCACCUUUCGAGACGUCAAGGGCUUCUUCAACAAAUACUUUGAGGAGAAGGACUGGAGCGGCAAAGCAGAUGCCAUCUGUCGACGCGUAUUGGCCCCGGGCAGCGACGGUAAUUUGGCCCAGUUUCCUGAUCCUCCUACACAGGACAAUGUCCUCGCCUGGUGGUUUCGUCUUCAAGAAGACCUUCUCUCAGAAUCACGCGGCACCUACUACACCACGGCCAGCAAAGCGGAUCUUACUGGUUCGAAGGCGGAACGGCAAGUCGACCUUCUUUUGCGAGCUAGGGGUGGGAGUCCCUCGCGAAACAAACACGACUGGAGAGACAUUCUGGUAGUUGGCGAGCUCAAAAAAUCCAAGGAGGAGAUCAAGACCAAAGGCACUCUGCUUCAGAUGAGCCGCUACGUGCGCGAGGUCUUUGCCGCCCAGCCCACCCGGCGGUUCGUCCACGCGUUCGCCGUCUGCGGGACCAAGAUGGAGGCGUGGGUGUUCGACCGUUCGGGUCCCUAUAGCUCCGGCGUCAUCGACGUCUAUGAGGACUCGAGACGGUUCUUUCAGGUGCUUGUCGGGUACACCAUGAUGAGUGAUGAGGACCUGGGACUGGAUAGUUUUAUUGCUAGGGAUGAAGACGGCAACAAAUCAAUAACCGUCAAAGGGCCUGGGACGUUAGACGAAAAAGUGCUGCGGCUGGGUGAAAUACUUUCCUUUCAACGUGCCAUCGUGUGUCGCGGGACCACGUGUUUUCUCACAAACGAUGGACAAGGCGUAGCUAAAUUCUCGUGGGUGUCAGACAAGCGGCGGCCGGAGGUGGAACUCCUCGAGCUAGCAGGUCAAAAGAAUGUCCAAGGAGUCGCAAGGAUCAUCGGUCACAGUACCAUCGCUAGCAUCGCCGACAUGCGCUGCGGCCUGACGUUCGGCGACAAGCGCCACGACUUCAAAAGCGCACCCCCCAGCGCAGCCUCCUCAUUUCAUCAAUCUCAGCCGCCCAUUGAGCCGCGUCGCUUAGAUAUCCGUCGAAAGUCAUCUUCCAGGAAACGCAGAUCCCCGGAUAAGGGGAUGCAGACGACCAAACGAUCGCGUUCCACCAAUCAACCGAGGGACACCCAGGAGGAGGAUGAACUAGCUUUCUCGAUUCAGUCGGCGCACAAACCCAGCCUCUUCGACAGGAAUGGCGAGGAACUCUACAACAACCGUGUCCUCCGGUGUCUCGUGAUCUCUCCCGCUGGCCGGCCGAUCUACAGGUACGAAUCACCACUGGAGCUGCUCAAGGCACUUCGCGAUGCAAUAAAGGCGCACCGCUCUCUUUACCUGGAUGGGAACAUCCUUCAUCGGGAUGUUUCGGAGAACAACAUAAUAAUAACCGAUCCAGACAAGACGGAUGGCCACUCGGGCAUGCUAAUCGAUCUAGAUCUUGCCAAAGAAGUCGGGAGCGGGCGUAGUGGCGCGCGGCACCAGACCGGCACGAUGGAGUUCAUGGCGAUCGAGGUGUUACUUAAUAUCGACCAUACAUAUCGGCAUGAUCUUGAGUCGUUUUUCUACGUGCUUAUCUGGCAGUGCGCCCGUAAUGGCUGGGGGAAGGAUAAUCAUUCUAGGGAUAGUAAACUUCGUGCCUGGUAUACUGGUAACUAUGAGGACAUUGCAAACGCCAAGCUUGGCCACAUGAGCAAAGCUGAAAACAUGGGAUUUGGAUUCAUUUUGAGGGAGUUCCCUCCAAAAUUUCGUGGCCUUGUACCGCUUUGUCGGGCCCUACGAGACAUUCUCUUUCCUUACAAUGACAAAGGUCUUAUCGUAGGCACUCCCCAAAACCCAAACCGCUUAAUUCCGGAUCCCGACCAUUGCCGAGCGUUGGCGCGGCACGUCAUCCAAAGAGACUUGGGCGUCGAUAUCUGGAAGGCUGUCCUCAACUUCACCAUUACCAUCUCGCGAGCGACCCCUCCGGCGAGCGUCCCCCCCUCAUUUGACGGCACGCCAGUCAAAUCCACCUCGUCAUCACAGAAAGGCUCCGAGCAGACGCGUGAUUUGGUGGAUCCGAGAAUCUUCGAGGAGAUACGUAGCUGUACAUUCCGAGACGUGGAGGGCUUCUUUGACAAAUACUUUGAGGAGAAGGACUGGAGCGGUAGAGCGGAUGCCAUCUGUCGACGAGUACUGACCCCAGACAGCGACGGUAGUUGGGCCCAGUUUCCCAAUCCUCCUACACAGGACGCUGUCCUCGCCUGGUGGUUUCGCCUUCAAGAAGACCUUCUCGCGGAAUCACGCGGCACCUACUACACCACGGCGAGCAAAGCGGAUUUGACUGGUUCGAAGGCGGAACGGCAAGUUGACCUUCUUCUGAGAGCUAGCGGCGCGAACCCGUCUCAAAACAAUCACGACUGGAGAGAUAUCCUGGUAGUUGGCGAGCUCAAAAAAUCCAAGGAGGAGAUCAAGACCAAAAGCGCCCUGCUGCAGAUAAGCCGCUACGUGCGCGAGGUCUUUGUGGCCCAGCCCACUCGGCGCUCGGGCAUCAUCGACGUCUACGCGGACUCGAGACAGUUCUUUCAGGUGCUUGUGGGCUACACCAUGAUGAGCGACGAGGAGCUGGGACUGGAUACCUUUAUCGCUAGGGAUGAAGGCGGCAACAAAUCAAUAACUGUCAAGGGCCCUGGGAACUCAGAGGAAAGGAAUGUGCAGCUGGGCGAAAUGCUUUCCUAUCAGCGUGCCAUCGUGUGUCGCGGAACCACAUGUUUUCUCGCAAACGAUGGACAAGCGGAGAGCGUAGCCAAAUUCUCGUGGGUGUCGGACAAGCGGAGGCCAGAGGCGGAACUCCUUGAGCUGGCGGGUCGGAAGAAUGUCCGGGGAGUCGCCAGGAUCAUUGGCCACAGUACCAUCACUAGUAUCGCGGACAUGCGCUGCGGCCUGACCUUCGAUGACAAGCGCCACGACUUCAAAAGCGCACCCCCAGCACGGCCUCCUCGUUUCAUCAAUCUCAACCACUCACCGAGCCCUGUCGCUUAG